AUGUCCCUCUGCAAAGACAAUUGUGGUUUCUACGGCAAUGACAAUUACGAAGGUUAUUGUUCAACAUGCUAUCGAAAGAGAAAUGCAAAACCAGGUGAUGAUCAAUCAUCGUUAUCGGUAAUUAAUUCUACUCCAGUUUAUACUCCACCAAUGCCAUCUUUCUCCUCCGAUGAGGAAUUGGCUGUUUUUAUCAAAUUGAUCAGUAAUAUGCCAGAGAUAACUUCUGGAAAGAUUGAUAAUGUGUUGCAGACUUUGAAUGUUUAUUUCACUGAGAAGCAGGCAAGAGAAUUGUUGACUGCUAUUGGAAAGGUCACCUUGGAUGGAAAUAAUUUCAUUUAUCAUCAUGCUGUGUAUUGUAGAGUGGUGGAUCGUUAUAAUUUACAAGAAUGUUUUGGAGCUGAAGGAUAUUAUUAUGUUGCACGAGGAAAGAAACCUCAAGAUGAUUACAAAGUAUGGGAUCAUCAACAUUCAUUCUUGAAACAUUAA